AUCUUAGCGGCAACGGUGUCGUCACACGUCAGUGAGCCAACCGGGAGGCCCCGGAGUCACGUGACGUCCUGACUGGUGGCAGCAGAAAGAGAACCGUAGCGUUGGCGUUUACGGCACAGCAGGGCCUGUGCUGAGUGAUGGAUGUAGGCAUUAAUGAUUUUCAGGAUAUUGCGGUCUAUUUUUCUGAAGAGGAAUGGUGUUACCUGGGAGAGGAGCAGAAGAGACUUUACAGAGAAGUGAUGAUGGAGAAUUACAAGGAUCUGUGUUCCCUAGAUAGUUUUUACUUGAAGCCAGAAUUAAUAUCCAAGAUUGAACGAGGAAAGGAGCCUUGUGUGAAGGAUCGGGGACUGUAUGAUGGAGAGAUUCCCAUAGCUUACUUCAUUAUAAAGCCUGACAUUCUAGCUCAGCUUCCAGAAGUAUUGAAUGAUGAUGACGAAUCAGACUGCAUCUACCUGGAAAUCGAUUCUGACUCUGAGAUAGAAGAGGAAAAGGAAUCUUACACUAGCGAUCCUGGAGAGAUAGAAGAUGACAGCCUCUCGGACUGUGUCUAUAUGAGCCCUGAAGUGUUGUCAUUGCCUGAACCAAGUGUGAAGGACACUGCCCUGUCCGAGGAUGAAAAUGCUUCAGACUGUGUAUAUGUGGACUCUGAGGAUGAGACAUCAGCAGAACAAGUACAAGCAAGAAGAGAUGCAGAUCUGGAGGAGGAGGAUGAUAACGAGGAGGAGGAGGAUGGUGAUGAAGACAGCUUGUCUGACUGUGCCUAUGUGGAGACGAGAACAACUCCUACGACUCACUGGCAAAAACCAACAUUCUUGAAGUAUGAAGAUCAGUAUAAUGAAGACCAAGAAAUAGAUGUGGCUGAUGAACGGACUACACCACACAGUGAUUCACCUACGUCUUCUCACUGUCAGCCCAAGGAGUCCAAGGCACAAAAUGGUAUUGAUAAUGAUCGGAUUAAUGAAGAUGCUGUUAGCCCUGUAAACCAUCCUACCAUCAAAAGUCAGGACUCGCCUAAAAAUAACUUGUUAAAUGUGUGGUAUGUGAAAAGAGUAGAAAGCAACUUGGCAUCAUACAAAGACGUUAUAGUUCCAGGAUCUCCUUGUACUGAAGAACGUAAAGAAGAGGACAGCGCCGAAGAAGAACCUGAAGAUGAGCAAAUUACAGACUUGGAGCUCUUGUGCCCCUUGUGUCCUCAAAUAUUUACUAGUGUCUCCAAGUUCUUUGAACAUCAGAAAGUCCAUGAGCCGAAAACUCCGGUCUGCCCUGAAUGUGGUGCACGCUUCAGUGAUAAAAUUGCAUUAGAGCGACAUCUUUUACUUCACAUAGAAGACAAGAUCCAGGUGUGCCAGGAGUGCGGCCAGUGUUUUACCACCCGGUCAGCGCUGGAAACCCAUAUGAAAACUCACAAGGGGGAUACGCAGUGGCCGUGCCCCGAUUGUGGUAAAUUCCUUUAUUCAAAGUCAGGACUUGAAAGACAUCUGCUACUACAUGUAAGAGACAAGCCCGUCCAGUGUCCUCAAUGUGGCAAGUGUUUUAUCAAGCAGGAAAACUUCGAGAUGCACCUGCGGCUCCACGCCGGAGAAGAGUUCUACUCCUGUACCGAGUGUGAAAAAUUGUUUAGUUCAAAGUCCGCCUGCGAGAGACAUAUAAGAGCUCAUACAUCGGAGAGACCCCAUGGCUGCCCCCAGUGCGGGAAACGUUUUCUGUACAACGGCUGCCUGAUUAAGCACAUGAGGGUGCACACAGGAGAAAAACCUUAUGUCUGUCCUGAUUGUGGUAAAGGUUUUGCUCAAAGUUCCAGCCUUAAUUGUCACAGACGACUCCAUGAAGACGAGAAACCUUACGUCUGUCCAGAAUGCGAAAAAUGCUUCGUCAAAAAAUUCAGUUUUGACACACAUUUGAAAAUUCAUGCAAAGGAUAAACUGCUGGCUGAACUAGGUCAACUGAAGUGUAAAAAUACCAAAAGUAAGGACCCCAUCAUGGCUGUAUCAAGUGGUGGACAACCUGAUAUUGAUAAGCCAUCUGAUGACAAAUCAGUUAACAAAAGGCCUCUUCUAGAUGCAUCUCUGAGAAAUGGACAAUAUGGAGAUGCCCCACUUAGCGACAGGUCUGUAUUAGAUGUCUCCUAUGGAGAUGGUCCAUUUUACAAUGGUCUUGCUAUAGAUCACCCUCUUAAUGAUCAGAAAUUUGUAGAUAUUUCGUUGAUUAAGGGGCAUGUUAGAGAUGAUGGGCCCCUUGGAGGUGUUCCAUUUAAGGAAAGGCCAACUAGCGGUUUCCCAUUUAACGGGAGACCCAUUAUCGAUGCUUCAUUCAAUGGUAGAGCUGUUGAGGAUGUGCCAUUUAAGACAGAUGUUUCACCGAACAACUGGCCCGUUGAAGACCUCUCAUUUUUUGAGGAUCCGUUUAUAGAUAUUUCAUCUAACGAUCAGUCUAUACGAGAUUUAUCCUUUCUAUCGAAUCCUUCAAGCAAUGCCUAUUAUAAUGAGGAUCUGAUAGGCAUGUCACAUAGCAUUGAUCCUCAUAACAGUCUAUCGUUUACAACGAGGCCUGGGUUACAUGUCUCAUAUUUCAGCAACCCUGUAAACUCUAAAGCCGAGGAGAAGCAGCAUGUUUGCCCAGAUUGCGGGAAAAGUUUCCCCUAUCAUGGAUGCUUGGUGAAACAUCUUAGGACUCACACAGGAGAGAAGCCCUACGCUUGCACUGAAUGUGGAAAAUGUUUUGCUCAAACAUCCACCCUGAAUUGUCACAAAAGGAUUCAUACAGGAGAGAGGCCUUACAUUUGUCCCCAGUGCGGUAAAGGCUUCACUAGUCAGUCGCACGUUGUCCGGCAUCAGGCAGUUCACAACGUAAACCGAUCGUUUUUAUGCAACGGUUGCGGCAAAGAGUUUUCACAGAGGUCCUACCUUUUAAAGCAUCAGAAGAGGAUGACUUGUUCACAGAUGCUAUGAUUGUACUUUUUAUAAA